UUUCUUCAAUUUACUUGAUCAAGGCGAUCCUUAGCAUUGAUGAAAAGAAAAAGGUAGGACUUCUUCGUACUGAUAGAACAGAUCGCAAGAAGUCUUACCAUAUUCGACUUCUCGGCCUCAGAUGGCUAAGCCUAAAAAAUUCACAGUGCCUACUGGCACUCAUCAAUCGAUUGGUAUCGAAUUGGAAUUCUUGGUUGCUUGGCUACCAAAUGGAGAGAAAGAUCCACAUGAAUCCGAAGCUCAUAAUCUUCCUCCUUUACUACGUAUUGACGCUGACCCGACCCGAUACCCCGCUACGGUCGAUAUCUUAAUGCAUAUACGCGAGACUCUUGAGAGAUAUGGAAUACCCGUGUCUAAUAACCGGCGUCCUUCCGCAAAAGAGCUAGCAGCUACGAAACAUAUACCCCGGCGACUUCGAGAUGUGGACAAAUGGAGUGUUGGUCUCGACUCCAGCGUCGAGGAGUUGGUCAAUAAAGACUACGUAUGGCAGCCGAUCGAAAUUCGCAGCCCGGCGCUGUGGGCUACGCCAGAGUCGUACGAACAGAUCCGAUGUGUAAUCAACCUCCUCAAAUCGUGCUACCGUCUUCGCGUUAACCCGACCUGUGGCUUUCACGUUCAUGUAGGUAAUGGAUGGAGAUACUUCAAACCCGAAAAGGUCAAGAAGACUGCCGCCUUCCUGUGGGCUUCCGAUCCUUUGUUAUCGCGGCUCCAUCCCCCAUGGCGUAGGGCUAAUGGUUAUUCUGCGAGUAUUCGUCUCGAAAGUAGGCUUGCUUAUGAAGGUACAGCCGAAGAAAUCCGAGAGGAGCUUGAGAGGAUAGCGCCGGUAUCUAUGAGGUUGCCCAUAACUGCGUUCUCCGAUAUUACUCAGGAGGUGGAGGUGUAUGGCAGCGAAGAGGGUUGGGCUAAGUACGCGCACGCUCGGAAAGAGGUAGGUCCGUUCAUGACGCUUAGUACUGAUGUUAAUCACACCGGAGAUACCGAGAGCGAGGGAAGUAGCCGCAGCAGUAGCAGUAACAAGAACAACAGCAACAGCAACAGCUCCCAUCGAAGCACUACUGGUAGUAGUACCAAUAGCAGCGACAACGGCGGAGGCGACAAGAAUAAAUCCAAUCGCAGCAGGGCCAGUAAUAAUAGUAAUAGCAAAGAUCACGACAGCGACAAUGAAUCCACCCGUUCCGAAUCCCCCGAAAUCCUAGAAUUAUUUUCGGAUCGCAUUCGGGAGUUAUUAGAACAAGAGCAAAACGCAGGUCGCGUCCCACCAGACCUAGACACGUUAGAUAGGAACAUCGGACUCGUCCACUGGAAUAAAGUCGAAGAUCCCAGGAUCAUGCGGAUAGUAUUAUACUUAUGUGAAAGGCUAUACGGGCAUAGAAACCCUGCAAAGUUGAAGUACAAAGAGCAGCUCGAUAUCAUGCUGCAGGCACAAUGUCAAUUCCUAUACGGCCAUAUCAAGGUUAAGACUUUAGAUUGGAUGGAAAUACUGGCUGUUCUUAACCGCUGUGGGCCGUACGUCGAAGCCGGUCGCUCUUCGUAUGUAUGGGAUCCGGAUAUUAAGAAUUGGGAACCUACUUGGUUUAACGCGGGACGCAUCCUCGACCACCCGAAGGCUCUUAAGGACGAGAGGAUCGACGGGCCGAUGGUCGUUAAUAAGUUCCACAACAUCGCCAAGCUUCUCGAUCUAAACGAGGAGGGCGACGAUGACGAUGGUAUCGAGUACAUCAACCGCGAGGAGUACGAAAAGGCGAUGGCGACGAAUGGAGGUAUCGAAAAAUUGGUUAAGGAACUUAGGGAGUACGCCGAUAGUCCGAAUCCAGACGACUUUAGUGUUAUCGAUUUAAACGAAGUGAUCGUACUCUCAGACGAGGAGGACGAGGUGGAUGAGGUGGAUGAAAUAUAUCCCGACGAAACGCCGGCUCCCGUGGAUAUCGAUGAGGAUGGUAUUAAUACCGUGGAACUUACUCCCGAUGACUCAGUAUCUCCGCCGGUGAUGCCAUCGAAAUCCCGAUCUGCUCCACCCACGCUUGGCGAACCAAAAGCUAGAAAAGACAGCAGCAGUAGCUCGAGUUCGAGCGAAUUUUCGAACACCCCUCGAGAUAGUACUGGUGGAAAUGGAGGUGGGGGAGGCAGCAGCCCAACGCCACCACCCCCAACGCGCAACCCAUCCCUGGAGCGCAAGAAACUCCAGCCCGACGAAAUCGAAGACCUCCCGGAGUCCUACCAAGAAUACGUUAAAAACCACCUACAGGUCUCAACCCUAUCCUGGAUACCCGCCGACCCCGCCACCGCCACCGCCACCGCCGCAUCUGGCCUGCGCCAACUCACGCUCUGCGAAUCCGCUGCCGAAGUCGCAGACUUAAUCACCGGGCGUCCGAACUACAAUUUCUUACAAUACCAAACAUCCUCCAUGCACGGGGUUCCAGAAAGUCUACGCACGAUUGAAUUCCGCGAAGCCUCUGGAACUCUCGAUGCGUCUUGGAUCGUAACUUAUGCCCGUAUAUGCGAGGGCAUAUUACGCUGGUGUCGAAACGCGAGGAUGGCGGAUUAUAUACGCGUGCUGGACCGCGUUAUGUUGCAAAACGAACGAGACGAGCGUAGGCACGAGGCGCGGAAGAGUGCGGCGUUUACGUAUGAUAUGAAAGAGGAAGAUGAGAGGAAUCGAUAUGAUGUAUGUGAUUUGCUGGAGGAUAUUGGUUUAUAUGCUGAAGCCGAAUUCGUUCGAAAGCGGGAGAAGGAGAAUGGACCACCUCGGUGAGGUGAGAUGAGCUAAAUUUCUGUAUUUAUAUAUAGUAGACACCCACGGUAGAUAUUUUCGGGAGUAUAUUUUUUGUUUCAAU